GGAGCUUUGCCCAGGAUCAAGACGGACUCAAGUGUCCACAAAGCAGGAAUAGAAGGAACAGAAGCAGCAGCAACACCAGGAAUCUCCAAGAUAGAAGCGGUAGGGAGACUCUCUGAUCCCCAGGGCAGAUACUGGCUCUGAAGAGCACGGAGGAAGAGAGGCCAGAAUCCCUCCAAAGCAGAAAGAGCCCAGGCUGAAGACACCUGAGACCCUCUCAGAUGGAUGAGCUCUGUGAAGCCAAUGGCUCUUUUGCCAUCAGCCUAUUAAAAAUAUUGGGUGAAGAAGACAAGUCACGGAACGUGUUUUUCUGCCCCCUGAGUUUGAGUUCUGCCCUGGCCAUGGUCUACCUCGGAGCCAAAGGAAACACCGCUGCCCAGAUGUCCCAGGUGCUUGGUUUGAGCAAAGAUGAAGAUGUUCACCAACAUUUCCAGACCCUUCUCACCGAAGUUAACAAAACUGGCACUCAGUACUUGUUAAAAAGUGCUUGCCAACUCUUUGGCGAAGAAUCAUGUGAUUUCCUUUCGACCUUCAAGGAAUCCUGCCAGAAGUUCUAUCAGGCAGGGCUGGAAGAGCUGUCCUUUGUUAAAGACACGGAAGGGUGCAGGAAGCACAUCAAUGACUGGGUGGUGGAAAAGACUGAAGGUAAAAUUUCUGAAAUUCUGAGUCCUGGAGCGGUCUGCCCACUGACUAAGCUGGUUCUUGUGAAUGCCAUGUAUUUCAAAGGGAAGUGGAAGGCUCAGUUUGACAGGAAGUACACAAGGGGCAUGGCCUUUAAGACUAACCAGGAGAGAAAAACAGUGCAGAUGAUGUUCAAGCAUGCGAAAUUUAAGAUGGGGCAUGUGGAUGAGGUGAACGUGGACGUCCUGUCUCUGCCCUACGCAGAUGAGGACCUGAGCAUGUUAAUUCUGCUCCCUGAUGAAAACACUGAUCUCGCUGUGGUGGAAAAAGCACUCACAUACAAGAAGUUCCGAGCCUGGACAAACCCAGAAAACAUGACAGAAAGCAAAGUUCAGGUUUUUAUCCCCAGAUUAAAGCUGGAGGAGAGUUACGACCUGGAAUCUUCUCUUCAGAGUCUGGGAAUGAUAGAUGCCUUUGAGGAAACCAAGGCUGACUUUUCUGGGAUGACAACUAAGAAGAAUGUGCCUGUGUCCAAGGUCUCCCACAAGUGCUUUGUAGAGGUCAACGAGGAAGGCACUGAGGCGGCUGCGACCACUGCAGUGAUCAGGAACGCCCGGUGCUGUCGAGUGGAACCAAGGUUCUGUGCAGACCGCCCAUUCCUCUUCUUCAUCUUGCACCACAAAACCAGCAGCAUCUUGUUCUGUGGCAGGUUCUCUUCUCCAUAAAGCCAGGAAGAGGCUGAGGAUUGGGCUCAGUUUGUAGAGUGUCUGUGCAGCACGCAUGAGGACCUGAAUUCAGUCCUAAGCACCCUAUAAAACGAGGUGUGGUGGUGCCUGCCAGCCAUCCUAGCAUUUGGGAGGUAUGGGGUAAGGUCAUUCUCAGCUACAUAUAAAACUUGAAGCCAGUCUGCUAUGCAGAAGAUCUUGUCUCAAAAAUUAAAACAAAACAAAACAGAAAAAAAACAAUCCGCCAAACCCAAAAUAACAAAAACGAAACAAAACAAAAAAACCCCACCCAAAACAAAAAAUACAAGAGAGUGUGAUGUGUGAUUGCCUUACACACCAUUCUUUGCCAUAUGCCCAAAUUAAAAUUCCUCGUUACCAGGUUGGCAAGGUGAUUUCAAUGUAAAAAUAGAAAAAAACAAUAUGCUUAAUAGUUGAUGAACACCUUUGCUGACAGUUCUGAUGCCCUGUGUGGGAGUUUGGAGCUGAGAAGACCAUGCUUGGUUUGGAGUGUGAGAGGUGAUUCUCAUUGUCAUGAGCUUUAUUCACAACCCUCAGCUCCUAAGGUGUUGUACCACUAUGCUAACAUCUUUGAGCUGUGCCCUCCCCCCUCCCCACUGACAGACUUACCAGGUCCCCCAUUCACAAAGCCAAAGGUGAAAGCUAUAGAAUAACAACUCUAUCUGCCUUGUGUCUCCCAAGUAGCUGAGACAGUAUCUCACUUCAUCAGUGUUACCCAAUAGUCUUGUAUGUCCCAUGGUUCAGGCAACUCUUUCCACAAGUUUCAAGAACAAGUUCAGGCACUCAGCAGCAAGCAUCAAAGCAGAGUUGGGAGACAAGGCUCAAGAGUGUGGUCCUUAUCCCCCACUACUCUUUCCAAUGCACACAGCUCCAAAGAAAACUUCACUGAAUGAUUCUUACAAACACCUCUCUAGGUAUCCACAUGUUCAGAUGUGAAUCAAAUGCUCCCCUGAUGACCUAAAUGCAUAUACAUGCCAGUACCAUUACUCAUCAGGUUGUAUUUAUACAGGUAUGUGUGUAACAAUAAAGAAGUCAUGAAUAUAACAGGGAAUGAGGGGGGCACAGAAGGAGUUGGCUGAGAAGUGAGGGGUGGGAAUGUAGAGUACUUAUUUAUGAGAUUCUAAAAAUAAAAUUAAAAAUUAAAUAAAAUGAAGACAAUUAUAUUUUUGGCUAGAUAUAAUUUCUA